AACGUCCUCUGCCAAUUCUUGGACUCCAAUUUGGAGCACGUGUCGAACAAAUCCGCCUACUUGUGCGGCGUGAUGAAGACGUACCGGCAAAAGAGCAGGGCGGCCGCAGUCGGGGCAGGCGGGACGGGUGGCGGGGCAGGUGGAGCGGGUGGGGCAGGCGGGGCGGCCGGGCAGGCUGUGGUGCCCGUCAAAGGGCCCGACGAGGAGAAGAUCAAGAGGAUAUUGGACAGGACGGGGUACACGCUCGACGUUACUACAGGUCAAAGAAAAUACGGCGGCCCCCCGCCCGGCUGGGAGGGCCCCACUCCAGGAUCGGGCUGCGAAGUUUUCUGCGGCAAAAUACCCAAAGACAUGUACGAGGACGAGCUGAUACCGUUGUUCGAGGAGUGCGGCACCAUAUGGGACCUGCGCCUGAUGAUGGACCCGAUGACGGGCACGAAUAGGGGGUAUGCGUUCGUUACGUUCACGAAUAGGGACGCUGCCCAGGUGGCCGUGCAAAAGUUGGAUAAUCACGAAAUCAAACCUGGCAAGACAUUGAAAAUUAACAUUAGCGUACCAAACCUACGUCUUUUCGUCGGAAACAUACCAAAGUCAAAAGGCAAAGAGGAGAUCUUGGAAGAAUUUGGCAAAUUAACAGCCGGUCUGAUGGAGGUGAUCAUCUAUUCGUCGCCCGACGACAAGAAGAAGAACCGCGGUUUCUGUUUCCUAGAAUACGAGUCGCACAAGGCCGCCUCUUUGGCGAAAAGGCGGCUGGGGACGGGAAGGAUCAAGGUGUGGGGCUGUGACAUCAUCGUCGAUUGGGCGGAUCCGCAAGAAGAGCCUGACGCUCAAACCAUGUCCAAGGUGAAGGUGCUGUACGUGAGGAAUUUGACGCAAGACAUAACCGAGGAGAAGCUGAAAGAGGUGUUUGAGUUGCACGGCAAAGUGGAGAGGGUCAAAAAGAUCAAGGAUUACGCUUUCGUUCACUUCGAGGACAGAGACAACGCCGUCAAGGCGAUGGAAGAAUUAGACUCUAAAGAAAUGGGUGGAUCCCAUAUUGAAGUGUCGCUUGCCAAGCCACCAUCUGACAAGAAAAAGAAAGAAGAAAUUUUGAGAGCCAGAGAAAGACGAAUGAUGCAAAUGAUGCAAGUUAGAGGAGGAAUGAUGCCUGGAACGAUGCCGAUGCGAGGCCCCCCCGGCCAAGGUGGGGGCCCCCGAACGGGGGGAUCGAUGCGCGGUGGGCCGAUGGGUAGGGGUGAUUACGAUUACGAUUACGACUAUUACGGUUACGGGGACUAUAGAGGCGGCUACAGCGAUCCCUAUUACGAUGACUUUUACCGGUACGAAGAUUACUAUUAUGAUUAUCAGCCGGCCCCGACAUCAGCGAGAGGAAGGGGGGGUCGGCAAGCAGCACCGGCUGGCCGUGGGCGUGGGGCGGUGGCACGUGGCCGGGCCGGUGGCCCCCCAGCCCGUGGGGGGGCGGCGGCCAACAGGGCGGGCCGGGCGGGCGGAGCGGCAGGGGGGCGUGGGGCGGCGCGCCAGGCCGCUCGUGGAGCGGGCCGCGCCAAGGCAAGUUUGCCAGCAGGUAAGCGGAAGUUCGACGGGGGCCACCAGGGGAACCAGGGGGACACGAAGCGCCGGUACCAGAGCACCUGGGGGGGCCAAAUAGCCCAACAGCCGGACCUGAACGGCGAACAGCAGACGUGGUACCAGGACUCGUACGGCUCCUGGAGCUAAGUGCGGCCAAAAAGACAAAAAUUUGUCUCAUAAAACACACACGAACGUUCGAGCGUCGGGAAUGUCGGGAUAUAUGAUAAUUUGAUGAUUUGAUAAUUUGAUGAUUCGAUGAUUAUCACCGGCGGGACUGAUUAUGAGUGCGAUAAGUGGCCCUACGUCGAUACUGGGGGGUUGAAGGGGUCUGGGCAGGUUAGGUUCCGUUGACGAACGUACUCGGUAGGUCUGUGGGACCGCUGGCGCGUUUCCAAGGUUCUUUGCAAAGUUCGUUGCCACAUCUUC